AUGGACGGCUUCAAACCACCAAGUACCAAGCAAUUGAAGAAUGAAGAGGCACUUACCAAAAUUUUGCAGAGACGACUUCCUGCGUCGUGGUUUGGGCGACCUUCUUUGGGGUUCACCGUGAUGAUCGGCGUCUAUCUUGUUGGCAACAUUGCUUUCUGCUCAAGCAUGCUUGCAAUGCCCCAACUUUUGAAUCACUGGGCCUCUAGGUUUGGAUGGAUGUGCGCUGGCAACAUGGCCCUAUGUGUCUUUUUUGGCCUCAAGAACACGCCCCUAGGCCCCUUGGCCUCCGUUUCGCACAGCCAAUUAAAUAUCCUUCAUCGUAUUGUCGGUUACACAACUGUAUUCCUCCUCACGCUUCACGCCCUUGUCUACACGAUACAUUUUGGCCGUCAAGGUCGCUUGGUGCAGUUGUUGAAGAAGGAGGAUAUCGAGGGCAUGGGGGCCGGUGUUGCCAUGCUUGUACUACUAAUGGGAGUGUUUAGACACAAGCACUACGAACUGUUCUAUGCUAGCCACAUCAUUGGCUUCAUGGCGGUUGUGCUCUUGACGGCCCUUCAUAGGCCAAACUGGGCGAAGAAGAUCCCAACGGUGAUGCUCAUCAUAUUCAGCAUGUGGACAUUGGACCGGCUCGUGCGACUGGGCAGGUUAUUAUACAACCUCGUUAACAACUCAGUGACGUUCUAUCCUCUUCCAUAUAGAGGAACACGAUUGGUGCUCAAGAAGCCUGGCAUGGCAGCCGCCUUACCAGGAUCUCACUGCUUCUUAUGGAUUCCAAGACUUCGACUUUAUGAGAAUCAUCCAUUUACUAUCGUCAGUAAUGACUCCUCUGGUCUAGAGCUAGUCAUGAAAUCGCAUGAGGGCUUCACCAAAGCUGUCGGCGGCUUUGCAGGCCGAAACCCCCGGGCUAAUCUAUGGGCAUCUAUUGAUGGGCCAUAUGGGUCACUACCAGACGUGGGCAACUACGAUAAACUGAUCCUUAUCGCUGGUGGAAGUGGAGCUGCUUUUACCUUUGGAGUCAUGAACCGAAUCAUGAUGCAGCGUGAAAAGCUUGCAAUCCAAUCUAUCGAGUUUGUAUGGGCAGUGAAGCGUAUAGAGCAGUUGAACUGGUUUCGCAGACAUUUGUGCAACAUUGCGGAGUCUGCGUAUCCCAUCAGCCUCAACAUCUACGUGACAGGCGAACGGUCUGCAUGUGGCUCAGUAGCUGACGAUACCGACUCUCAAUCAUCUCCAUGCGGAGCAGAAAGGGAGGUUCUUCUAAGAGAAAAUGCAUUUGACUAUGAAACUAUCUCUGAGAUUGGCGAUGCAUGCGGGUUAACUGAUCAAAUAACCGGCGAUGAGCCGAAAUACAACCCAUUGUUGGAGAAGCUGGAUGUCGAUGGAACAAUUAGUAGAGUCGUGGGAGCAUCUGGAAGUCAUCACCGAGUGCUCCUCUUGUCUUGCGGGCCCAAGUCGCUGAUGGAUGCUGCGCAAGAUUCGGCAAGCAUUCAGAAACUGCGGGUUGGUAUUUUAGGCGACUUGAACGGUCUCAAUGCCGACAUCAUCGCUGACACUCGUGGCUUGAUCACUUAA